AUAUAAUCAUGCAUAAUUAUGGACACAUAGAUGGAGAUAGUGGAUUAAUGACAUCAUAAUUUCAUCUUGGAGAUUCACCUAAAGCUAUGAUAGAUUACAGUCAUAGUGAAAGAAUAGAGACUUUAGUUUAGAAAAGCAUAAUGCAAACAGAAAUUAGAAAACGUAGAGCAGGUGAAUCUUAAAGUCUUAUAGAACACUCAAAUAUGUAAUUAAAUGGUCACUUGUUACCUUAAAUUACUCUAAAUUGUUAAUCUCCAGCAGUUUUUGAUUAAAUAGUCCUUGAACUAAAACAAUAGUAAUUUAAAUUUCUUAAUUUUUUCGAGUAAUUACACUUGUAUAAUGAGAGAAGCAAAUCAAAUGAUGUUUCUCUAAACUAAGCGUGAUUCAUUUUGUUAAAAGAUUAUUAAGAAUGUCUGUACACCAACAUACAUAGCAAGUUAAAGUAACAAUAGCCUUAUUUUGGUUAAAUAUUCAAAAUAGAAACUGAAAAUAGAUGCUUUAUCAGGAGUAGAUUUUCUAUAAUAUUUAGAAUUAUAAAUUAAAUGAAGAUGUAUUAUUGUCUGUUUGUGUUGUGGUUAAAAGAUAUAAUCAAACACAUAAAGAUUAUGAACCUAUAGAUGAUAUGAGUCACAUAAAUCCAUUUGCUAUUACUGCAAUCUCUAUGAAUAGAAUAUAUCUAUAUUUAGAAGAUAAUUUAGAAUUUAAAUAAAAGUUAAAUAUUCUUAUAAAGGACAUUGACUCAGUAGCGAAACCAAAAAAAUAAUAAUUACAGAAAUAUAUGUAAGAAAGUUCGUAAUUGGUUCUUGAUACAUUUUAGCAGUUUAAAUAAAAGACCUUGAAAUAUGAUUACCAAUAUUAUUUGAUGGCAAUAGAAAAAGUAGUUUAUGAAUCAGUUUAUGAUAAACUAUUUAAUUUUUAUCUUGAUUUUAAUCAAAAAAAUGAAAAUCAAUUUAACAUCAAAAAGUAUUGAUAAUUGAAAAUAGAGAUCUCAAAUUAUUGCCAAGUUUAGUGAACAUGAAACAAUGGAAUUCCUGGAAAUAAAAAAUAAAUAUAGAUUAAGUCAAUAAUAUUGGAAUGGUAUUGCUGAAUUAAAUAAAGUGGAUAAAUCUACAAACCCAAGAGAUAAGUUAAGAUCAAUUUAAUAAAUGUUAUGUUUAAUAAAAUGUAUAAAAUUCUAAUUAAUAUAAUUAGCAUUAAUAUAUGAAAACAGUAAUUGUGAAUUAUCAACAAUGGAUGAUGAAUUACCUGUUAUGAUCUACAUAAUCUUAUAUAGCGAAUUUUAGAAUAAAUUUGCAUCUAUUCAUUAUGUUGAUGAUUUUUGUAAUACUGAUCCUACAAUAGAAACUGAAAAAAGAACAGUAACAACUCUUAGAGUUUCUUUAGAAUAUAUUGCUAAUGAAUGGCAAAUUUGA